AUGGCGACAGCUUCACCAACCCCCACAAGCUCGAGUCAAUUCGCAGCCAUUCGAAGACCUGCCUCACGAAAUGCAUAUAAACAACCUCUCAGUCGACCAUCUUCUACAAGACCUGAUGUAGAAACAGCUCGACAUUAUUCACUCAACGACAGCUCCGAUGACGAAAUCCCCAUGCCAAUGAAGUUGAGUGCCUUAACGAAAGCUUUACUUAACGAUGAGGCUUCAAUUAUGGAACCUUCUACUCGUACGACACCCGAGCCGUCUCAUACAUCACACACAAGAGCGGAAAGUGCGGGUAUAUUAGGAACAUCUACUAGACAGAACCAAUCGCCGAUAGGAAGCAAUGAACAUAGUCCCACCUAUCCGCGACGAGUUGUGCGAUUGAGUGGUACGCCUGGCUCCUCAACUUUACGAAGAGGGGCUUCAUUGUCCAGUGCGGUCCAAAAACACAAUGAACAGCAAGCGGCACCAAAAGCGGGGGAGGGCGCAUUAGAUCUUAGCACACCGGCACCAGUACCAAGGACCGUACGGGUAUCUAUCGGGAGAUCUUCAAUUGGAUCUUCUGGGAGAAGGUCUGGCAGACCAGAGUCGCCACAGCAGGAGGAUGUGUAUGAGAAUGAUGGACCACAAGAAUAUCCUUCGACGGUUACAAGAUCACAUUUAGCUGCGAACCAGGGAAGUGUAUCGAGGUAUAACCCCUCUACUGUUAGUCGUUCGAGGUAUGGUGAAGAGAUAGGAUUGCAGAGUUCAAUGAGAGUCAAAAGAAGUGCAGUCCCUAAAGUAUUUGGUACAUUUAUGAGAGGCCCAGCUCGGAGAGGACGACCGCGGAUAUCUCAGUCAGAUGAAGAACACAGCCCAAUGGAGGAAAACGCAAACAGCAACGAUAUUGGAUCUAAUCAGGAGCCUCAAAGCCAGGAAUCGCAAUACGAGCAGCGGGAAAGCCAGAAUAAAAGCCCCACUCCGGAAAUAGAAGUAGCUAGAAGAGCUCCAGUCUCGUCGUUUAGAGAUUUUGCUGCUUCAGGAAGUCCUCCUAGCUCGAAUGGCUUUCUGAAUUCCGUCUUGCGUUCUACGUCUCCACCACCAACUUUAUCAAGCUCUCGGACAUCUGACCCUCGCUCAAUUCCCUCCGCGUCGCAACAACAACAUCCUGUAUUCAAGAUACCAGCUCCACGUUCAGGUCUUCCUGUGACUCACGAUCAAGAGAAUGAAGCGCCACCAACUUUCAAGCGAAGCAAGCAACCUUUGAUACAGACGAAUAGCGCAGAUAAAUAUCGCCGACCAGAAAGCUUCGACAAGAACUCUGUACGUGCUAGUGGGUCUCCUGAAAGACGACCUCUGGCUGUCCGGAGUCAGAAUACUCCUCAAAGACCUGCUCCACCACCACCUAAGAUGUCCGUAUUAGAAGCAGCUACUAGUACUGCUGGCGCUGCCACUACAUCGCACGCCAAUAACCGGAGAAACAGGCUGAAGGUCAAUGGCAAAAUAUUCACACGCCUCGAUGUUAUUGGACGUGGAGGUAGCUCAAAAGUUUACCGAGUUAUGGCAGAGAACUCGAAGAUAUUUGCAUUGAAGCGCGUCUCCUUGGAAGAUGCUGAUGAAUCGGCUAUACGUGGUUUCAAGGGUGAAAUUGAUUUAUUGAAGAAAUUGGGCUCGGUUGAAAGAGUGAUUCAUUUAUAUGACUACGAGCUAAAUGACGAGAGAGGGACACUUAGUGUGCUUAUGGAGAUGGGUGAAUUGGAUAUGAACACUAUCCUUAACCUACGCAUGAAAUCUGAACAAGCCAAGCUGGAUAUCAAUUUCGUGCGCUAUUACUGGAAAGAAAUGCUCGAGUGUCUUCAAGCCGUUCACGCUUAUGACAUAGUCCACUCUGAUCUCAAACCUCACAAUUUUGUUCUUGUUCAAGGUCGUCUGAAGCUCAUAGAUUUUGGUAUCGCCAACGCAAUCCAAACUGAAGAAACUGUGAACGUUCACCGUGAAACACAAAUCGGCACUCCAAACUACAUGUCUCCCGAAUCACUCAUGGACUCCAAUGCUUCUGAUGGGAAAAAUCGCAAUGAACCAAAACUCAUGAAACUGGGAAAACCAUCCGAUAUUUGGAGUUUGGGUUGUAUACUGUAUCAAAUGACCUACGGUCGUGCCCCAUUUGGUCAUAUCCAAAACCAGCUACAGCGCUGCCAAGCAAUCAUAAACUUCAGCUAUGAAAUCGAAUAUCCAACAUAUGGGGUAGGCGGUGUUCUGGUCCCCAGCUCUCUUAUCCGAACACUUAAGAACUGCUUGAACAGAGAUCAGCAUAAGAGACCAUCUGUGGAAGAAUUACUAGGGGAUGAUGAUACAUUUCUGUAUCCGUUGGAGAUUGAUAUGGACAAGCACUUUCCCAUGACUGAAGAGUUGCUAGGCAGAAUUUUGCAAAAUGUGAUACAAAAAUGCGAGACUCUUGGGAGGGUACCUAGUGAGGGAGAACUUUUGACUUCGUGGCCCAAGGGCUAUUUUGCAAGUUUGCGAAAGGCGGAGCAAAGGGGUGGAGCAUAA